UCAGUACAAAACAAUCAUUCAAGUGACCAAGCAAACACACAAAGCGCCACUGUGUAGCUCACUGCUCACUCAUCAACCAACUUCCUCAAUAAUGUCUCGCUCCAGCCUCGCCAUGGCGCUCCUCCUCGCCGCCUUCGCCGCCGCGGCGACGGCGAACAGCGGCGCAGCGCCGGCGGCUAGCGACUUCAUCCGCAAGUCGUGCCGCGCGACGCAGUACCCGGCGGUGUGCGUGCAGAGCCUGGCGUCGUACGGCGGGGCCGGGGCGCCGCCGCCGCGGAGCCCGCGCGAGCUGGCGCGCGCCGCGCUGUCGGUGAGCGUGGACAAGGCGCGGUCGGCGUCGACGUACGUGGGGCACAUAUGCGGCCCUGGCGGCGGCCGCGGCGGCGCCGGCGGCGCGGGCCCCGUGCGCGACUGCCUGGAGAACAUGGCGGACAGCGUGGGGCACCUCCGCGACGCGGCGCAGGAGCUCGGCGGCAACAUGGGGCGCGCCGGCUCGCCGGGGUUCAAGUGGCACCUGAGCAACGUCCAGACCUGGUGCAGCGCCGCCCUCACCGACGAGAACACCUGCCUCGACGGCCUCUCCCGCGGCGUCGACGCCGCCACCCGCUCCGCCAUCCGCGGUAAGAUCGUCGAGGUCGCCCAGGUCACCAGCAACGCCCUCGCCCUCGUCAACCGCGUCGCCCCCGCCAAUUAAACAUCUACUCCUCCUAUAACUAAUUAAGCUUUUGUUCUUGGAAUCUUGGUCGAGUUCAUCUUCGUCAUGGGUUAAUUAGCUCAGUUAAUCUCGAUGCGUCGUCGUUGCUAUGGUUGUAACAUAUACUGUACUGCUAGUUAAUUAUCAAGACUUAAUUAAAAGAGUCGAUGUAAUAUUGUAAUGGUUGAGUCUUUACACCGAAGAUGGUGAGGAAAUUAAUCCGUGUUUUGCUUGCUAGGUACAAUUA